AUGGAACCUAAGAGGGAGAGGAGCUCCAUAAAAAUCUCACUCAACCUGGGCACGAAAAACAGGGAUGACAGAAGUGUAAGCGAAUGCAACAUUGGGGGGGAUGGGAUGGAUGGAGUAGAUGGUGAUUCCCCGAGGAAGGCCAAGUCGAAGGAAGUUUCACAGGCUUUAGGCCUCAUCGAGGACAUCCGGAGUGGCACGUUCAACUACAAAGACCUGCAGGAAAUUUACUUCAUGAACGACGUGGAUUUGGAAAAAAUGAUUAGUGAGACGAAGAGUGCAGAGGAAGGGAAGGAGAACGAGAAGGAGACCCAUGUCGCGGGGCACAGUUCAUACGUGGAGGGAACUAUGUACAGUGGGGGGGACGCCCAUGAUGAGAGUGCAGCACCCCGUUUGAAGGAGUUCAGCCAAGGGGAGCUGCAUAACAUGGGAGCGGACCCACAUAACCCCAUGUACAGCAACGAGAGGAACCUCACAAAUGAAAAUGGUGUAGACAACGGAGCAAGUGGAAGAAAUUUAUUUGUGUUGAAUAACCAAGUGGGGAAAGUGUGCAUUAUUAGGUUCCCCCCCGAGGUGUCCAAAGAAAUAAAAAAAUAUCUUUUAAAAAAAGAACUUAUGCUGGAAAUCGAACCAACGAAUUUGUUAAACUCAAGACUCUUCUUUAUACAUUUUAGAAACAUAAAUAAAAAAUUUUGGGGAAUUCUUCUGGAACUGUCAACCCACAUAGAGGUACACAAAACGGUAGAUCGAAAUAACCUGUACAAGACGAAUGACGUUUCGCAGAUGAUUUAUGUAUAUGACCCAAGUGAAAAAAAAAAAAAAAAAAAAAAAAAAUGUAAAAAAAUGAUAAAAAAUUUUAUAAAAAAUAAUUUCCAAUUAAAUUGUGGUAUAAGCAAUAGAGUACAAAAUUUCCAUUUUGAAAAUUAUGCCAAGUUGUUUAAGUACCAUGAUAUUUAUUUUGCGGAAAAGUUCCUUCAUGAUUAUUUGAACGCAAAGUAUUACGACUACUAUGACAUGUAUGUGAAGACGCACACAGAGAUGCACACGCACCUGCGCCUCAGUCAAGAGAACCACAAAAAACAAAACGAAAUUGUCGAUGAAAUGACGGACAUUUCGGAAAUAAUAAAUUCUUUGGACAAUACCUACAGCAUAAUGAGGCAACUGGAAAAGGAAACCGGGGGUGACAUUUCACUGGAGACGCUGCUCAACUAUGAAAUCACCAAUGAGAACUACGAGUCGGAUGUGUCGGAUUUGUUAAUGGGCGGGAGUCACUACUUGAGGAAGAGGACGGCCUAG